CCGCCGUGCAGCUGAGGGAGGCUUAAAGAGACAACAGUGAAAUCAUAGCAACUUGGGGACAAGAGAAACCAAACGAGAAAGAUACCAGCGAGCGAACAACAACCAUGACUUCGACUGCGCUUCUGUAGCCGACGUUUGAAGAUCGAACCAAACUGCUACCUGACCUGCACACCGCUGUUUCUCUCGCUCUGGGUUGCCUCCUCUGUUGUGGCCCCGCAACAUGGAGAGUGUCCACUGUGUCACUGAAGGCUGACCAGAAGGAAUGAGGCACUCCAGGAGAUGUUCCCAAGUGGCCUUGUGGAUGCAGUAGCUGGGUUUCGGAGUGCUUUUUUAUGACUGGUGUUGUAUGUGCGUCUGUGGGCACAUCCUAGCACAGCCUGCCUACUUGCCAGGCAGGGACCUGCUACUUUGAGACUGGAACUGGAGAAACACACAAGCAAGAAGCCCCUCUGGUAAACAAGGAACACAAAGAAAAAAAGGGAAAAGCUGUCUGGUAGACACACGAGUCACUUCAGCUGCAGUUUCAGCUCGUUUAAGUGUCUUCUGAACCACUGCACAUUUUCGCAGCAACACCUUUCCUCUGUCUUGUGAGAUUUGUCUCCCUCCCCCUCCCUAAAGUGUGCUCCAUCGUUGUUAUUGGAGUUUCUAUGGUUUGCAUGGCUGGAGAAUAACCGUGGAGAGGCCAGGGUAUCACAAGCUUAUGGAUUUUGACAAGAGAGGGGGCAAGGGAGAGACAGAGGAAGGUAAAAAGAUGUCUAAGACAGCAGGCAGCAGGACUGGACAUGGGGGCAGGAGUUCAGGGACCAAUUCUGGAGUUCUUAUGGUUGGCCCAAACUUCCGUGUGGGUAAAAAAAUCGGCUGCGGGAACUUUGGAGAGCUGCGGCUGGGAAAAAAUCUCUAUACUAACGAAUAUGUGGCCAUCAAAUUGGAACCUAUAAAGUCCAGGGCGCCACAGCUCCAUUUGGAGUAUAGAUUUUACAAACAGUUGGGAAAUUCAGAGGGAAUCCCUCAGGUGUACUACUUUGGUCCUUGUGGGAAAUACAACGCCAUGGUGCUGGAGCUGCUCGGGCCCAGUCUAGAGGACCUGUUUGACCUCUGUGACCGCACCUUUUCCCUCAAGACGGUCCUCAUGAUAGCCAUACAGCUGAUAACACGGAUGGAGUACGUCCACACCAAGAGUCUGAUCUACAGAGAUGUGAAGCCAGAGAACUUUCUUGUCGGGCGGCCAGGAAGCAAGAGGCAACACACAAUCCACAUCAUUGACUUUGGUCUGGCCAAAGAAUACAUAGACCCCGAGACCAAAAAACACAUCCCAUACCGGGAGCACAAGAGUCUGACUGGGACAGCGCGCUACAUGAGCAUUAACACACACCUGGGAAAGGAGCAAAGCAGAAGGGAUGAUUUGGAGGCGCUGGGUCACAUGUUCAUGUACUUCCUCCGAGGCAGCCUCCCCUGGCAGGGCCUAAAGGCUGACACUUUAAAGGAGAGGUACCAGAAAAUUGGAGACACCAAACGAGCAACACCGAUUGAAGUGCUUUGUGAAAGCUUCCCUGAAGAGAUGGCCACCUACCUGCGCUAUGUGAGGAGGCUGGACUUCUUUGAGAAGCCUGAUUACGAUUACUUGAGGAAGCUCUUCACCGAUCUGUUCGACAGGAACGGCUAUGUCUUUGACUAUGAAUACGAUUGGGUUGGCAAAUCCCUUCCCACACCGAUAGGCCCUAUCCCCAGUGACACGCCCCUGCAGCCCAGCAGCAGAGACAAAGCACAACAGCAGACCAAAAACCAGUCGCCUGAGCCCAAAGGAAGUGAGUCUCAGCCCACUCCCGUGACCAAUAAGGAGACUCUGGGGUCGCACCUCACGGCUGAGCGGCUCGGGGGCUCUGUUCAGGUGAUGAGCUCAACGAACGGCGAGCUGAACACUGAUGACCCCACAGCCGGACACUCCAACGCUCCCAUCACUGCUCCCACCGAGGUUGAAGUGGCCGACGAAACCAAGUGCUGUUGUUUCUUCAAAAGGAGAAAGAGAAAAUGGCACAAACAACUCCAAGCUGUACCCUCAUAA